ACGCGGAGUUGCCUGGACAAUUUUAUUUUUCUACAGGCGACGUGUUGUCGUUGUGCUUUUGUUUUUAAAUAUCAUUACGUGUUUUGUUUUUUUCUGGGAACAUUGCGCAUUUGGUUUUUGUGAUCAUCAUCAAGGCUGGGAGCAAGCGGAGAUGUGCGGAACAAACGACAAGCCAAAUAAAGGUUGUGGAAGUGUCAACCAGCUAGGAGGGAUGUUUCUCAACGGCAGACCUCUCCCGGAAUCCAAGAGGAGGAAAAUGAUUGAACUGGCCUCGGAGGGAGUCCGUCCGAGCCAGAUCUCCAGGAUACUUCGGGUGUCCAACGGGUGCGUCAGUAAGAUCCUGAGCCGCUACCGCCGCACUGGACUCCUGGAGCCCAAGACCAUUGGAGGGAGUCGACCUCGGCUUCUCACUCCCGGUGUCAUCACCUCAAUCAUCCAGUGCAAAAGGGAAAAUCCAACCAUUUUUGCUUGGGAAAUUCGAAAACGGCUUGCAACAGCACGAAUAUGCAAAGCCUCCAAAAUUCCCAGCGUGUCGUCUAUAAAUCGGAUUGUAAGAAAGAUCCAUUUGGACCACGGACCGAUGUGCAUGGAGAUCAAUGCGCACAUCAGGCCUGAGCAGGAUUCGGAUUCCCUGAUCCAAGAAGAAGUGAUUGAGAGAAAGAUGUCUGAGACAGUACGCAACAACGACCAGAAGCCUAAAACUUUCCAGCAGCGGAACCGCACCACCUUCACACCGGAGCAGAGCGCAGCACUCGAGCAAGAGUUUUCUCACAGCCAGUAUGCAGACAUGUACACGAGAGAGAAACUGUCCGCUGAGAUCCAACUUCCCGAGGACACCAUCAAGGUCUGGUUUUCAAACAGACGGGCUAAAUGGAGGAGGGAAGCCAAACACAGGAGCAGUACAAAGAACCUUCAAAAGCAAAGAGAUUUCGUUCCUGUGAAUCCAACAAUACCACAUGGCUUCACAUCUCAACAGGCAACAGGCGUGUCAAGGGUCUACUGUGAAAAGUCAGCGGCCCCCCCUACCUACAACACUGUUGCUAGGACGUUGCAAAAUGGCUACUUUUUCCCAGCAGAAAGAGGUUUGACAAAUUCUGGACAUCUGACAUCCAACUCAGUCCCGCCCUCAUUCAUCCAUCAGUCUAAUAACAUGAUGGCCCAGACCAUGGCAGACAAGACUCCACUGGAUCUCCACAGAGAUAAUAGAUUCACUUUCCCAUUGGUUCACCAUCACACAGACGCAAGGACAUCCCUCCCUUUGGCAACUGAGACAGUAAGAGCAGACCACCCUGUGGCACAGUGCUGGAACCAGCAGGGGAUUUCUUUUACAUGGAGCCCGUUUCAAACAGAUGAGAGGUUUUUAUUCGUACAGCAGCCCUGGGAUGUGAACCCACAUGGCUACCUGGACUAAAUGUGUGAUUACUGUUUGUAUAUUUGGGUGCAGCUGCAAGUUCUAGACUGGAGGGACACAUUCUAACCAGCAGAGGGCGACAGAGGACUGGAGUUACAAUCUUGUUUCUUACGUUCAUUUUUUUUUCAAAUGCACUGCAGCUUCACUCAUCACUUUUCCUCGAAUCAGUACUCCUGAAUUGCCAUUGAAAAGGACUA